AUGAGUAAAUCAAUAAAAUCUCUGAAAAGAGCUUUGCGUACAGAGACACGUGAACUCUUAAGUAAAAUAUCCUUGGAUGUCAUCGAGCAAGAAAGUUUAAUUGUAACUCGACGAUUACUUUCUAUUAAAGAAUAUCAAAAUAGUAAAAAAGUUAGCAUAUAUCUUAGUACACCAAAUUCUGAAAUCUCAACAAAAGCAAUUAUCAAAGAUAUUUUUGACAAAGAAAAGAUAUGUUAUGUGCCAAGAUGUAAUGGUGAUUACAUGGAAAUGGUUAGACUUAAAUCUUAUCAAGAUUAUUUGUCAUUGCCAUUAAACCGAUGGAAUAUACCAGAACCAAGUCUUGAUGAAAAACUUGAAGUUGCGACUGAGUUAGAUUUGAUUAUUAUGCCAGGCUUGGCAUUUGACAUUGAAAGAAAUAGGCUAGGCCAUGGAAAAGGAUACUAUGAUAAAUUUUUAGCUAAUUGUCAAAAACUAUCAAUAGAAAAUAAAAAAAAUCUACCAAUAACCAUUGCAAUUGCGCUUGAAAGUCAAAUACUCAAAAAACUACCAACUACAAACUAUGAUAUAAAGCCUGACAUAGUUUUAACUCACAAUCAAAUUUUUACGAAGGAUUGA